CGCGUGCUUAAUCUGUGCCUGUCAAAAUCCAUGGCGGAGCACAUCUCAACAAACACAUUUCCAAACAUUAUAUGAAAUAAAUAGCACAAAAACGCAAACAUGUCCACCGUGGUGUCAGAUUGCUUCACCAUCGGCAGUAUAGUGGCCACGCGCACCUGUUACAACGAGAACAUUGAGGGGGAAGUGUUAGCUUUCGACCCCCAAACGAAAAUGCUCAUUCUUAAGUGUCCGUCUUCAAGCGGGGAUCCAAAACGCCACGAUGUUAAUAUCGUGAAUCUAUCGUUGGUGAGCGACGUGCAGAUAAAGAAGGAAGUGACAACUGUCCCGGAGCCGCCGGCAUCUUUGAACCUGCAUAGACUAAACACUCGAGUUAGGAACACUAUUGAAUAUAAACGACGAGUGGUCUCGGCGCUGUCAGCCUGCCUGGACCCUGAGGGUCAGCGGCUGUUCCUAGCCAUCGCACGCGUGAUAGACGACGUCUCCUGGGCGGGGCAGAACAUACGCGUGUACAACGAUAUCAUCAUCACACCGCCGUAUAAGGUGGACAACGUACUAGGCGAAAAGGAUUCAAAACCAUACAAUUACAUAAAGAAGUUUGUUGAAAGACAUUGGCGCGAACACAGAGAGCGCAACGCGACGCCGGCACACCAGUAGCGACUGACGACCGAUAGUAAACACACCAACAUCAUAAAACAUAGUUUGACUAAAUUGUAAACAAAUUUUGAAAACCAUCUUUCAUUUGUGAUAGGUUCGAUACAAUAACUCAAAACUCUGUUAUGUCUAUUUCUGCCAAUGAGCAAAA